AGGAGCCCGCCGCCGUCUCGCCUCUGGCUGCUGCUGCUGCUGCUGCUUCCCUGGCCGCCCCGCUGGGGGCCCGGGGCAGGAGAGGGGGGCAUGCUGGCCCUGACAUGCGGAGGCGCUGCUCCCGGGGCUCCUCCUCCUCCUCCUCCUCUCUUGGUUACCUGCGCCUCUCCUCCUGCUCCUCCUCCUCCUGCUCCAGACGGCGGGGUCUUCUUCUCCGUCUCGCCCGGUUUGGGGCGUCUGCUUGGCGCGAUGUGGAUCCCGCUCCUGGCUGCUCUGUCCCUCGGGCUGCUCUCCGUCCAGAAAUGCCAGCGGGGUCCUUCUGCUUCGGCCUUGGGGGUCGCCCGGGUCCUCGCAGCCGUGGGCACGGGGUGGUGCCAACGCCCAGAAAACAGAUGUGCCACCUCAAAUGCAGUAACGUGUGCCACCUGCCUUGCUCUGGGCCCAGAAUGUGGAUGGUGCAGUCAAGAGGAUUUCAUGACUGGAACAAAGCGGAAAGAACGAUGUGACAUAGUUCUUCAUUUAAUUAAAAGAGGCUGCAGGGCAGAUUUUAUAGAAAGUCCCAAAGUUGAUGUAAGAGUAUCCAGUAAUGAAGUUAAUACACAAGUGACACCAGGAGAAAUUUCCAUUCAGCUCCGUCCAGGAUCUGAAGCAAGUUUUAUGUUGAAAGUCCACCCACUGGAAAAGUACCCUGUGGAUCUCUAUUAUUUAGUCGAUGUGUCUGCAUCAAUGCACAAAAACAUAGAAAAAUUAAACUCUGUUGGAUCUGAUUUAUCUCAAAAGAUGAAAAAUAUUUCCAUUGAUUUACAACUUGGGUUUGGAUCUUAUGUAGAUAAGACAGUUUCACCUUAUAUUAGCAUUCAUCCAGGCAGAAUACAUAAUCAGUGCAGUGAUUAUGAUCUAGAUUGCAUGCCUCCACAUGGUUAUAUCCAUGUCUUAUCACUGACUGACAAAAUAGCAGAAUUCAGAAGUGCAAUUAAUAAACAAAAGAUAUCUGGAAAUAUUGAUACACCUGAAGGAGGAUUUGAUGCUAUGCUUCAGGCUGCUGUGUGCCAGAGCCAAAUUGGUUGGCGCAAGGAAGCAAAACGUCUACUCCUCAUGAUGACAGACCAGACGUCUCACCUGGCUCUCGACAGUAAAUUAUCAGGAAUAGUAAUUCCUAAUGAUGGAAAUUGUCAUUUGAAAGAUAAUGUGUACGUCAAAGCAACCAGUAUGGAGCAUCCAUCACUUGGUCAACUUGCUGAAAAGCUCAUAGACAACAACAUUAAUGUAAUCUUUGCCGUGCAAGGAAACCAAUUUCACUGGUAUAAGGACCUUUUGCCUCUGCUUCCUGGCACUGUUGCAAGACAGAUAGACUCACAAGCAGCAAAUCUUGGUGAUCUGGUGGUAGAUGCCUACAAGAAGUUUGUUUCAGAAGUGAAAAUUCAGGUGGAUAACACAGACCAAGACAUAAAUGUCAAAGUUACUGCAUUCUGUCCUGAUGGAAAUAUAAGAACAGGCUUAGAGGGAUGCAAAAAUGUGAAAUCCAGAGCUGAAGUGUUUUUUAAUGUCACCAUUGCCAUGAAGGAAUGUGGAACCAGUGACAGAAGAAAAUACGUGAUGCUAAAACCCCUUGGUUUCAAUGAAUCUACCAGAGUUAAUAUACACAAAAGAUGUGCUUGCCAUUGUGAGGACAAAAGGAUAUGUGUCGAUGAAAUGUCUCAAGAUUCUCAAACUUCCUACUGCAAGGGCAGUAUCUGUGAUUCCAGUGCUGAAUUCUCUUCUGAGCAGUGCAAGAUGCAAGGGGACCAUCUAAUCUGCAGUGGUCAAGGAGAGUGUGUAGGUGGAAAAUGCAUUUGUCACAAAACCAAACUUGGCACAAUAUAUGGUAAAUACUGUGAAAAAGAUGAUUUUUCCUGCCCAUAUUACAGUGGAAGCUUGUGUGCUGGCAAUGGUGAAUGUGAAGCUGGCAAGUGCAAAUGUGUUGGUGCCUGGGAAGGUGAUCGUUGCCAGUGUCCAUUGUCAUUACAAAAGAACUGCAUGAAUUCAAAUGGCCAGAUCUGCAGUGGAAGAGGAACUUGUGUGUGUGGAAGAUGCAAAUGCACUGAUCCCAGCAGUUUUGGCCGUUUAUGUGAAUUUUGCCCUGCUUGCAGAACAACUUGCAGUGACAAGCGGACCUGUGUGCCUUGUCAUUCCAACUCAUCUCAAAUUACACUUGACCAGUGCAAAACCUCAUGUGCUUACAGGGUGCAUCAUACAGAACAAUCUUUAGGAUGCAUCUCUGAUGAUCCAAGCCACUUCAGAAUAUUUUUCAUAAUCUUUAUUGUUACCUUUCUGAUUGGCUUGCUGAAUGUCCUUAUAAUUCGUCAGGUAAUUCUGCAGUGGAACAAUAAUAAAAUUAAGUCUUCUGCUGAUUACAGAGUGUCUUCAGCUAAAAAGGACAAAACGUUCUUGCCUACUGUUUGUACAAAAACAGUAACCUACAGACGUGAUAACCCUGAAGAAAUAAACAUCCACCACAGCAAAUUAUAAGUAAACGAAACUUUCCAAUGCAAUUCCUGAAGGCAAGACAGCUUUCUUCAGAGCUUUUGUUUCAACAGAACCUCAUUUGAAAGUUCUUGCAUGAUACUUGGGAGAUUCAUGGUAUUGAAUACUGUAAUGAAAAACUGACCUGGAAACCUCAUUGCACAACGUAGCUAGGUUUCAAGUAGAGCUGCUCUGUCUUGAAAAACAAAUGUGCAUUAACUACUGAUUAACAUAAUUAAACCAAUUAGACCAAUUCUGAGAUAUUUGGAUUGGGAACCUAUUCAAUCCCUUUUGACAUCAAUAGGAUAAAAUUGGCUUAAAUCUGAUUAUGUUCUGGCACAAAGUAGGCUUUAUUUCAGUUUGUGACACCACUCUGUAUUGUAGCACUUUAACAUAAUAUAACUUAUUUAGUUGUGGCAUAAAAUGUUAUUCUAAACUGGCUUGACAAAAAAAAAAAAAAGCACUGAUCUCACUUUAGAUGUAGCUAACACAGAUUUGGUCUAUGGUAAGGUUUUCCAAACUGUGUUUUAAAAAAUGUAGCUGGUACAAAUGGGUGACAAGUCAGUGCUUACUCCUGUUCUGAAUGUUUGCAGCAAUCAGAGCCAAGAAGAACAAUAUGGGAAGCAAUACAACAUUGGGAAUCAAAAAGUCUGCCAAAAAGUUGAUAAGUCCUUAUGAUCCCCACUAGUCCCAGCACUGAUGAUCCAGACCUAAAUGUUCUAUAUUGCACUAAUUUUGGAGGAGGCUGUGAACAAAUAGGCUUGCAUUCAGCCUACUCAAAAGACACUAAGGCCACAAUCCAAAACAUGCUUUAUCUGAAGCAAUCAUUAUUGAUAUAUAUGAGACCAACCUCUACAGAAACUUGGAUUGCAAAUAUUCAGAGACUGGGGCAUGGGACAUUGUUUUUCCUAUGCACCCCUUGGUAGGGAAAUUCACAUCCUGAAGAACUGGUGCUCUGUGUAAAAAAAAACAAAUCAUGUGAUCACAUUAACUGUGGUAUAUUUUGGAGAAUAUUAGAUAAAAUUACAAGCACACAAAGCACAUUUUAAUGAAUCUCUAAUAUUUAUUGACUGCUACAAGCUCAUUAUUUCAGUCUUUCUAGAAUUGGAUAUAGGCUUUUUUUGUAGAAUACUGGAAUAAAUAGAAGGUCACUACUACUGGAGGAUUUUUUUUUAAGUUAGAAUUUUGUAAUAGUUUCUAGUUAUGUAGGAAUAAAUUCAAUUUGAUCCAGAGAAUAUAUUAAAAUACCAAUUGCAUAGUUAAAAGAGCAUUCUGGUGCAUCAAACCCCUUCCAGGCUCCUAUUGCUAUGUCAAAAAUCAGGCAGGAGUGGCAUAUGUUGCUCUUCCUCCACUAAGGGCAGUGGGACGAACAUCAUUGUGCUCCCAUGUUGAGGACCGUGACUGAAGUCUGAGAAGGCUUUCGAUUCCCCAGAUCUAAGCCUCCCCUGCUUGACUUACACCAGUCCUUUGAACCUUACCUUUCCUCAUUCUUUAUUGUUGGAGAAGUGAGGAGUGUGCAUCAUGGAGGAUCUGUGACUGUUUCCUUCUCAUGUUGGAGUUCCACUUUGGACUUCAUGAGGAUUUCCACUCUAGCCCUGUUAGUGCAAAAUAACUCUGUGGUGGCAAGUGUAUGAGAAGAUGUUGAUGAGGCAGGAGAUCAAGAGAGUGACAUGUUAGCACAGAGAUGUCAUCAAAUGAAGUAUUCUCUGCCCACCAAAAUUUAAAGCUUGUCCCAUUGAACUGAAUAGGGCAUACAACUGAGUAAACAUAUACAAGAAUGCACUGUUGUUUUAAGACUCUUUCCUGGUACUUGGGGGUAUAGAGCUUGAAUCCUCAUUCUGCAAUGCUGUUGAAUGUUCUGUGAACACCUUUGCUGCAGUCAUGGAGAUUCUCACAGCACUGGAGUGAAUGGGACAACUUGGGCCUCUGGAACUGUGCAUUGUGACCCUGUGGAUCUUUGAGUUAUGUUAAAGAAUUAUUUAUUUUUGUAUGCUUUGGAAAUGCUUUGGAAAUAUGUUCCACUGAGGCUACAGUGCUGAAACUGCACAAUCGUAGCACUUUUAGGAUUAAAAUGUAUAAUGUUUUUUGAAAAAUUCACAACCUGACUUACAGAAACAACCAAAUUAUUUAUAUGUUUUUAUUACAUUUCUUUCUUUUUUUCCCCUGUCUGGCUUUACUCACUGCUAAAUGAAGGUACAAAAUUUAUGUCAAAAUAUUUAAGUUAAGUAUCAAUAGCAAUAUUGUGUUCGCUAUAGCAUCUUCAUACAAAUGUAACAGA